AUGGCGCGUGUCCUUGUGGGGCUGCUGUACUUCUGCUCCCUGUUGAUCUGCGACGCCUGGGCCACUUACACCCUGAUGGACACAGUGGAGACGCACAACAUAGCCACGCAAAGCUACGCACAGAGCCGCAACAACGGACGCCCCCCACACCGGACCCUCAACCCGGCCAUGCACAGGAGGGAUUUCACGUAUAGAGGGGGGUAUCUGUCCCACUACCAACCUCCUCCUUCUCCGCUACACCCACCUCCACAUCCUGGGAUCUCUGCGCCCUACCAACACCAGCCGCACCACAGGCCUGUCGCAGUGCCACCCGUUCACCACCAGUGGCCCCACUCCUUCCCAUUAUUCAAAGGCCCUCCUGUCCCUGUCCCCCACCUCCACUAUCCCCACCACCACCAGCACCAGCAGCAGCCUCAGCAGGGGUUCACAGGGCCUCAGCUGGGGUUCACAGGGCCUCAGCAGGGGUUCACAGGGCCUCAGCUGGGGUUCAAAGGGCCUCAGCAGGGGUUCACAGGGCCUCAGCUGGGGUUCACAGGGCCUCAGCAGGGGUUCACAGGGCCUCAGCUGGGGUUCAAAGGGCCUCAGCAGGGGUUCACAGGGCCUCAGCAGGGGUUCACAGGGCCUCAGCUGGGGUUCAAAGGGCCUCAGCUGGGGUUCAAAGGGCCUCAGCAGGGGUUCAAAGGACCUCAGCAGGGGUUCAAAGGGCCUCAGCAGGGGUUCAAAGGACCAUACUAUCACAAAGCCAAAGGUCCAUGUCCCAUCGCCCUCACGCCAACUGUGGUCCAGCCACUUUCCACUGCACCCCCCACCCCAACCACCAGGCCCACAAUACCCUUCACCACUUCUCUGACCACUACGACUCUCCCGCCAACAACCACUACUUCCACCACAACAACUCCCAUGCCGACCACUACCACCCCCAUGCCCACCACUACCACCCCCAUGCCGACCACUACCACCCCCAUGCCCACCACUACCACCCCCAUGCCGACCACUACCACCCCCAUGCCCACCACUACCACCCCCAUGCCCACCACUACCACCCCCAUGCCGACCACUACCACCCCCAUGCCCACCACUACCACCCCCAUGCCGACCACUACCACCCCCAUGCCCACCACUACCACCCCCAUGCCCACCACUACCACCCCCAUGCCGACCACUACCACCCCCAUGCCCACCACUACCACCCCCAUGCCCACCACCCCAGCAGAGACCACCAGCAUCACCAGCACGGCCCUCGUGACCUCCGCGCCCGUGACUCUACCGGUCAGUACCCAAAGCGGGCUCAGCACCACCAGCAGCCCAGUGGAGACAGAGACAGAUUCGGAGUGCAGGAGCCGCCCUCUGGACCUGGUCUUCAUUAUCGACAGCUCGCGCAGCGUCCGCCCUGGGGAGUUCGAGAAGGUGAAGAUCUUCCUGGCUGACAUGGUGGACACUCUGGAGGUGGGUGCAGACGGCACUCGUGUAGCUGUGGUCAACUACGCCAGCACUGUCAAGAUAGAGUUUCUGCUCAAGGACCACUUUGACAAGCUCAGUCUGAAGAAGGCCAUCUCCCGCAUUGAGCCGUUAGCUGCAGGGACCAUGACAGGCCUGGCCAUCAAGUCUGCCAUGACCGAAGCCUUCACAGAGGACUCUGGAGCCAGACCCAAAAUCAGGAAGAUCGCCAAGGUUGCCAUCAUCGUGACGGAUGGAAGGCCCCAAGACAACGUGGAAGAGGUGUCUGCGGCAGCUCGCGGCUCAGGGAUCGAGAUCUAUGCUGUUGGGGUGGAUCGUGCAGACAUGAACUCACUCAAGCAGAUGGCCAGUGUGCCGCUGGAGGAGCACGUCUUCUACGUGGAGACCUACGGAGUCAUCGAGAAGCUGACCUCCAAGUUCAGAGAGACACUGUGUGAGAUGAAGGUGGAGGUGAAAGAAGACCCCUGCAAGUGUGAAGCCCGACUGGCCUUCCAGAAGCAGACCCAGGCCGCACUGCAGCAGCUCACCUCCAAGAAUAUCCUUUCACCUCUCACCUGA